CUCCCAUUUUGCCUCUAAACCCUAACAGUCGCAUUCCUUCGCCUCUCGCUUCACUCCCCACACAUUCAAAAUGGCCGCCGUCGCAGCUGUCCGCCCCCUCGUCACCGUCCAAGCCUUGGAAGGCGACAUGGCCACCGAUCAAUCCCAGACCGCCCCUCUCCCCGACGUCAUGAAGGCCUCUAUCCGACCCGAUAUCGUCACCUUCGUCCACUCCAACAUCUCCAAGAACAGCCGCCAGGCCUACGCCGUCUCCAAGAAGGCCGGCCACCAGACCUCCGCCGAGUCCUGGGGAACCGGCCGCGCCGUCUCCCGUAUCCCCCGCGUUCCCGGCGGAGGGACCCACCGCGCCGGGCAGGGAGCCUUCGGGAACAUGUGCCGCGGCGGAAGGAUGUUCGCUCCGACCAAGAUCUGGCGCCGGUGGCACCGCAAGAUCAACGUGAACCAGAAGAGGUACGCCAUGGUCUCGGCCAUUGCUGCGUCGUCGGUGCCGUCUCUGGUCAUGGCUAGGGGUCACAAAAUCGAGACAGUUCCCGAAUUGCCCUUGGUCAUCAGUGACUCUGCCGAGAGCGUGGAGAAGACUUCUGGAGCUAUCAAGGUGCUGCAGCAGAUUGGAGCUUAUGCCGAUGCCGAGAAGGCUAAGGACAGCCAUUCGAUUCGGCCGGGGAAGGGUAAGAUGAGGAACCGCCGCUACAUCAACCGCAAGGGUCCUCUGAUUGUGUACGGCAGCGAGGGGGCUAAGCUUGUGAAUUCGUUUAGGAACAUUCCCGGUGUUGAUAUCAUCAAUGUGGAGAGGCUCAAUUUGCUGAAGCUCGCUCCUGGUGGGCAUCUUGGCCGGUUCGUCAUCUGGACCAAGUCGGCUUUUGAGAAGCUCGACUCAAUCUAUGGGUCGUUCGACAAGGCGUCUGAGAAGAAGAAGGGGUAUGUGUUGCCUAGGGCUAAGAUGGUGAAUGCUGACCUCGCUAGGAUCAUCAACUCCGACGAGGUGCAGUCUGUUGUUAGGCCUAUUAAGAAGGAUGUCAAGAGGGCGCCAUUGAAGAAGAACCCAUUGAAGAACCUCAACACCAUGCUUAGGUUGAACCCGUACGCCAAGACCGCAAAGAGGAUGGCUCUUUUGGCAGAGGAACAACGCCUCAAGUCUAAGAACGAGAAGCUCGAAAAGAAGAGGAAGGUUACCAAGGAGGAAGCUACUACGAUCAAGGCAGCUGGAAAGGCCUGGUACCAAACUAUGAUCUCCGACAGUGAUUACACAGAGUUCGAUGUCUUCCAAAAGUGGCUUGGUGUCUCCCAGUAAUUUAGUUUUCUACUAUAAAAAUCUAAGACGUUGGUCAUGUUAGACUUUUUUUUGUUGUGGUACUUAUCUGUGUCAUUUUGUUAGUUCCAGUCAUGGAUGAGAUGUUGCAGAAAAAUUAGUAUAAUGAGAGAAAGUUUCUGGUGCAUUUUCCUACUACUGCCCGUCCGGCCAGUUUGUCCAUUUACUUUGAUGACAAUGCUAGCGACUUUGGUUUGCAAUACGGCAUAAUUUUGAGAUUUCUUUAAAUAUAUUUAUAUUUCCAUCUAA